GCUUCAAGUUCAAACCAUGUGUAAGUUAAAAUUGAAGAAACAAACUCUCUCUCUCUCUCUCUCUCUCUCUCUUCAACCUCCUAGCUAGCUAGCUCUCUCCUGGCGCCUGAUCCAAAUUGAAGAGGAAAAAACAUGGAAGGCUUGAUUUUAUUUGUUGGGGUCAUAGGCAACAUCAUCUCAGUGCUAAUGUUCCUUGCUCCUGUUGGAACAUUUUGGAGAAUUGUAAAGCACAGAUCGACGGAGGACUUUGAGAGUCUGCCUUAUGUUUGCACAUUCCUCAACUCCUUCUUGUGGACUUACUAUGGAAUUAUAAGGCCCGCCGGAGGAUUACUUGUGGCCACUGUCAAUGGUUUUGGUGUCGUUGUUGAGAUUAUCUACCUUACUUUGUUUCUAGUAUAUGCCUCAGCAAAGAUGAGGGCAAAGACGGCCAUCUUGAUUGGAACCUUGGAUGUAGGUUUUCUAGCAGCAGCCAUUUUAGCUACCUGGCUGGCAUUGCAGGGAGAGACACGUAUUGAUGCACUAGGGUUCAUUUGUGCAGGCUUAAACAUCAUCAUGUACGGCUCGCCGCUAGUUGCCAUGAAAACAGUGAUAACAACUAAGAGUGUGGAGUACAUGCCAUUCUUCCUCUCAUUUUUCUUUUUCCUCAAUGGAGGGGUGUGGACUUUCUAUGCUUGGCUCAUACGAGAUGUUUUCCUUGGGGUACCAAACGGGAUUGGGUUUCUUCUUGGAACAACGCAGCUAGUGCUAUAUGCGAUUUACAACAAUGCCAAACCAGCCGAUAAUAUUUCAAGUGGGCUACUGGAAGAAGGAAGGCAACAUGAACCUCUUAUCUCACCUUCUUCUCCUACUCCAUCACACCAAAAAAAUGGAGAAAUAUUGGAGACCACUUAAUUAGCUAGCUAGACCUUACACCUCUAGUGUUC